AAUACAGUAAAUAGGAAUACCGGACACUCCUGUCGUUUAACAUGGGAAAGCCUGGCAACCACCGACGCUAGCGCUUUCUUGCGUGAGGUGUUGUAUGCUAGUGGCGGGAAUUCAAAAAUGAAUGUAUUUCUAAUGACAUACACGAGUUUGUUACAAACGUUACAGUCAUUUUUUCAGUGGUUUGGUUAAAAUAACUGUCAGAUUGAAAUGCGUAAUAUUGGUUGUGCAUAAUAAACAAAUUUGACGCGAUGACAUUGUGGCAAAUAUUGAACAUACUGUCCUAAAUGUUUGUUGUCAUUGGAAAAGCAGAAAUAAUCUUUGUUGUGACAUGAUCUGAACAGGCGAAAAUAUUGGAAAUUAUUAUGUACUCUCUUGCUAGUGCUGGAGGACAGAAAUGGAAACGAACAUGACCUCGGAACGAAUUAAAAGAGAACCAAGUGAUGAAGACAUAUUUGUGUACCAAUUAGGUUAGGGUGAACAUGAUGUUAUAAAAACAGACUAAACAUGCAUUAAAAUAUUUUUUUUAUACAUUUUCGUAAAGGUAUUUUGUAAGCUACUUAACAUUAAAUAUGCUUGCAGUAAGUUUAUUCUGUUUCCAAAUUUUUGUUUACUUAUGUGUAUGUAGGCCUAUAUAGACUGUUCUUUGGCCUGGCCGUGUCGCAGCUUUCAAGAGUGUGUAAACUCUCGUUAAAAACCAGGAUUGCACUCUCUCUUAGUUGGGACUGGAGAAAGGACUUUCUGCGACAUCAAGAGUGGGCAAGAGAGUGCUUUAUGAGCGAGUAGAAACACAGUGUUUGUCUCAAACAGUAUUGUAAUUAUGCACUCCAAGAGCAGAAAUCGUCAUAGUGGGGAGGGCUGAUGAGAUCAUUAAAAUUUUGGGGUAAAAACAGUUAAAUCAGUAGUAUAAAAGUGUAAAAAUACUUUACUGAAGGUGAUUCAACCUACCUUAACCUAACUAUAAUUUUUAGCUCAAAGAAUGCUGUAAUAACAGCUGGUAGUAAAGGUCAUGUGUCAACAAAGAAGUAGAAGCAACAAAAAGUAAAAUAAGCAUGCUCUGUAAAAAAUUACUAUAAUGUCACUGUUGUUGACACUAGUAAAUUUGGUAAGGAGCUUUACAGUGCUCAUGGGCAUCAUCUGAAUAAGUCAGGAAAAAUCUUUAUGUUUAUAUUUAUGUUUAUAUUUUCAAAUCCUUCAUCAAGUUUACCAAUAGUACUAUUUACAACAUUCCAUAUACCUUUACUUUUAUUUUAAGCAUUACUAAUAAUUUUGUUAUUCCUCAGUAAUUUGGCUUUGUUGAUGAUCUUUAAAUAAACCAGCUUAUAAUUUUUAUAAUAAUUUUUUUACUUAGCCUAACUGAUGUGUCUCUUUUGCUUUAAAGAUAUUUUAAAUGCAGUGCAGGAUAGAGGAGAAGACUGGAAUAAAUUGAAGGAUGAGGAAUUGUGGAAAGACAGAGGAUGAUGGAGGCAUUGUACUUAGCUGACCCGUAGACAGGCUGGAAAUAGUAUAGGAUGACUGAUGAUGAUUUUAGUUUAAAAUGGCCUAUUUCCUAUGUUACAGAGACCUAACAUAACACAAUAAAACAUAACUAAUAUACUGUGGUAUUCCUUACAGGAAAGUGUGUGACCUGAAUAUUACUUGUGCAUUAUUUUCUUGGCUUUCAUGUUUUGCUUCUUCUUUGCUUUAAUUAUGUGACUUUCAUUUACUACUUUGCCGCACGUACCAUAUGUCGGCGGAUCCAUCUCAAUUGCGCGUUAUAAAUUAUUUACCACAAAAUAAUCACCGUCAAAACACGUAAACAAAUGGGCUAACAACGUUACACACAACACUGCCCGAUAGGAGCGCUGAUCGCAGUUGUUUCCAAUAUGGCUACCGAGUGUCCGGUAUUCCUAUUUACUGUAUUUGUUUAAACUAUAAAAGUUUAUGUUGUCAAGCUAUUAUUAUAUUAAACAGAACCGUGUUUAUGAUAUUUGUAUUAAAUAAGACAGAUAUAUUUUGUUUUUAUACUUUUUGUAUAUGUACCUAACUGAAACCCAAAGUGAGAAAAUGUCGUAUCCUUCUGAUCCUGAAUUAGAAGUCAAAGUUAAGAAAGCAACGGAGCGGAUAUCGGAGAACAUGCACAUCGUUGCCAACGAGCCGUCGCUAGCGUUUUACCGCCUGCAGGAGCACGUGAGGAAGGCACUGCCGCCCAUGGUGGAGAAGAGAGUGGAAGUGAACAAGCUCCACCAUGAGCUUCAAGGGCGUUGCUAUGACGUGGAGUAUGCCGUGGGAGCAGUGAAAUCCAUGGAAAGUGCAGAGGAGAGCUUUCAUAAUAUUCAGGAGCUCCUAAAAAAUGCUGUGUUCCUGAAACAACAGAUAAAGUACGAAGAAUCUCGGAGGAACAAGAAGGAGCCUUCUUCAGUUUACAAGCGGCUUUCCGCGCACAUAACGCUUGACCUGCCCGACCUGCCGGAGCUGUCGGACGCGCUGAGGGAGACGGCCAGCCGAGUGGAGUCCAUGAUGGCCCACGCCCGGCACCCGGGCUCCGCCGGGCUGCAGCGCUCCAACACGGCGCACCAUUGAGCCGGUGGAUGUAGACCGCGCCCGGGCUGCGCAGCAAACGAUUUCUGCAACUCCAAAAUUAUUGAACCGCUUUAUUUUGCCAACGACAGAACUGUAUUCUGAUGUGUACGGCUGCUGUGCUGUUCGGGUUAUGAAAUUUACCGGAGCUCCUUGUUGUGUCUUGAGUUUCAAUGGCAUAAGUGUUUGGUUGUUCGUUACAAGUGCAUUCAGCAUUAGGAUACAUAUGGUCUGUGUCACGUUCCUUCUUUAGAUUUGAUACUUCAACAUAAUAAAAAAAAAAUGUCUAUUAGAGUACCAUUUGCGAACCAACACGAGUAGCAAUGCUAACAUCAUUUGUAUUCAACACUUCUGCCGGCAAAUCGUAAUGUUGGAACACAAUACAAGUAUCGGUCUAUACCCAUCAUUAAUCUGUGCUGAGAGUGCCGGAAUGGGUUGCAGUUAAUGUCGUGAAGGGGGGGGGGGGGAGUAGUAUCUUUUCACUUUUUCACCCUGUUAACUAAUCAGAGACUACAUUUUCAGUGAGGAAACAGUGCGUGAAUCAACAGUUUGUCAUUAUAAAAUUGGCCACAAUAAAUUAUUACUAGGUACUCUGCUAAAAUUGAAAUUUUUGGCCUCCUCCUCCCUUUGUGAACUUCUGUAAAGUUGUAAAUGUGUCCAUGAAGGGGGAAGGAAGGUAUACUCCCUCUUCACUCUUGCUGCCCGUUCCAAACUGCCAACUGUGACGUCCCUGGGAUCUCACAUUUUUCAGGCUUGCGCUUGCCAUUCAGCUGGUUGCUAAUGUGAAUUAAUAAUUUUAUGUAAUAUUCCAAGCAUGUUUACCAUGAUCAAAUGUAAAAUAAGACUGUAGAAUAAAAGAGUAAUCUAGAAUGUUGUCUGUUAGGAACAACUUUUGUUGCUAGUCAUUAAAUCACAGACAACCAAGGUUAUUAUUGAAUAGUUUUUCCCAUUGUUUAUUCCAUUAAUUUUUUAAAAAAUAAAAAUAAGACUGCAUACAAAAUAGUGUGUGGAUGUGUGUUUUAGUAAAAUGGUUUUAUAUAAAUUCAUACAUUUUGUAGGGGAAUAAAUUUUAUCUUAUCAAUAAGGCAUUACUGAAUUUUUUUAGCUAACAGGUUAUAGGCCCCAGGAAAUUUGCAAUGUGUCUUUUACGCUGUGCAAAAAAAGUUUGGUUUAGAAAAAUGUUUUUAAAAUUCAAUAAAUAUGUGGAUGUAGGUGAAUUUCAAAAAAAUGAAAUGUUAAUAUUGUCAUGUUACUCUGCAUUCAGUGAUUUUAAUUUCUAUCUGUAAGAGUGAAAAAUUUAUUUACGUUUACAACUUUACCAGGAAUGAAUAUUCUGCGGAGUGUAGAAAAAAAUGAAUAUCUUGAGCAAUUAUAAUGAUUGGAAAUUGUUAUGCAGCUGUAUUUGAUAAAUGAAUAUUCACAGAACUAUUUUUAAACCAAAGGAGUUGUUUAUUUUGAAAGGACAAAAAAGCAAUAGAGUUGUUAAGGCCAAAGUGUUCAAUUUAUUGAAGAGGCUGAACAAAGUAGUGGAAAUGAGAGUGGUAAGAGAAUCUCACAUGUUUCAAAUACUUCAACAUCAGAUUAUGGGAAUUGACCAAAACAACCGUAGGUGUUGUAAAGAAAAUGGUUGGCCAGAAGAAUGAAUAGUUUCCUUCAUACCUUUCGCUGCAGGUGUUUGUAGGGCCAAAUGUGAAGCAUGAGGAAAAACAUUGUAAAUUGGAGCAGUACCAAGGACUGUUUCGGAAGCAUUUUCCUGUAAAAAGUGCAAGAUGUGGAUAUGUGCCAUGCAAGAAGAUAUAAGUCGAUCUCAAAACAUCAUGUGGGAAUGUGUUGAUUGACCAGAUGGAAAUAUAGUACUUAAAAGUGGGGUUUAAAAAUUAAAAAGAUAACUGAUGGUGAUAUUAAAAGGUAUAUGGCAUGAUUAGUGGCAAAAGGGUUCAGUCAAGAGUUUGGUGUUUACCUCCAGAAGUUAUGUCUUGAAUAUUCCUCCUCCCCCUCCCCGUUUUCCAAAAAAAAUUCUAAAAAUUCUUCCCACCAACAAAAGGAAAGAAUUAUAAAGCAAAAAGCAGGCAAAGUUGUUCUAUUCCACCCCGAAAUUAAAUCCUACAUGAUCCUGCUGAUUUCCACGGAACGAGAGGGAUUCGUAAGUAAUGAAAGAAAAUGCAGGUUUUUUAUAGUUAAAUAGGGUAAACUAUGGCUUGAAAACGUGAUAAAAUGAUUUUGAAUAAAAAUGUUCGGAAAACAGUGUUGGAGCUCAGGCUUGCAAGAUCAGAAUGUAAACAGUGUGUUCAUCGGAGAAGGAACCAAAAGCCUAUAGUGAUUGUUGCUCUGCAUGUUGAUGAUUGUUUUGUGUUCAGUAGUGACGAAGUUGAAAAAUGGAAAUUUGUUGGAAGAGUUUAGUAAGGUGAUUCAAGAUUAAAUAUCCCAGUGGUACAGGAGUGUCUUGGGAUGAGAAUUAUUACAGACAAAGAAGCAAAGACCGAAGUCUUGACCAAAGAAAAUACACACAGCAAAUUUUGGAAGGAUUUGGACUCCGUCAUAGUGUUUCAAAAGUUGGUGAGGAUAUCAGAGUUUUUGUAGAUUCUGACUGGGCAGGAAGCAAGUUAGUUGACAUCAUACACUAACUGUGUUGAAAAUGAGUGGGGCAGCUGUUAGUUAGGAAUCCAAAGACCAAACACCUUUGGCCCUUCCAGUACUAAGGCUGAAUAUUUAGCAAUUAGUUGGGCUACUAAAGGGGCUAUCCAUGUCAAAGAACUGUUGAGUGAAGUUGUUAACUGGGGAGAGCCAGUUAGUAUUUAAUGAUUAUCACAAAUGAUGCUCGGGAUCUUUUGAAAAAAAACACUCGGACAUUAGACAUCUUUUCAUUCAUUAUUUGGCAAGUGAGAUGAUGGUAGCAAAUGUAUUAACAAAGGUUUUGUCACAUGUGUUGAUUCAGAUUGUAGUAACCAUUAGGUUAAUGGGUGUAGGUGUUGGAAAUAUCUAUUUCUCAUGUUUGGAUGAUCUAAUAUUUCUUCCACCCGUUAGUUGAGUUGUACUUAGUUAUGUUGCUAUGUUCUUUUUAUCAAUGAGCCUAUGUCCAAUGCCAGAAUCAUCUAAAAAGAAUGUGUUGCGUUUGAAGAAGGUUGCUAGCAGCAUGUAGUAAAUGUGGUUAAUAUACCAUAACUAGGGCAUUUCUGCAUUUAUUUAGCUAACAAAAUGUCAAAAGUUUUCUCUUCUAUUUAUUGUUUUCAUCCUAGUGAAACACAAUAUAUGACCUGUGAAAUUAUACUAAUGUAAUUGCAAUUGAACAAAAGUGUUAAAUUUGUUGGGUAACUAAUGUUAUUUUAUGUUUAGGAAUCCAAGGAUUGUAGUUAUUAGGUAUAUAAUUUCACCUGUUACUAUUUAGUUAAUCCAAGCCGUUCAUGGAAAUAAUAUCUUUACUGUGGCUAGGAAUAUUUUCAUAACUUUUCUUAUUGUCUGUGAGGGUGUCUCUUGAGAUUUUUUGUUUUGUACCUUGUAUAAAAACAGUAGGCCCUAACUGAUAUAUUCCUAGUAUUUUUAUAUUAAAUUGUAUUGUUUUAAAAUUUGUGUAAUAUUUAUUUUUAAUUGUAUUUUACUGGCAGUGUAAUUGUAUGCAUGUAUGGUUAUUUCAUUUUCAUGGUUAUGCAUGCUGUUGUCAGUGAUCAUAAAUUGUAAAUUAUGGUUGUUCUCUUUGUUUUGUAUGUGCCUUUGAUUAAAAAAAAUAUUAUUUUGUUAUUUUAAAAUAUUUUUAGUUACAUAUUUUAAAGAUGGAAAAGUUAUUGCCUGGGAGGGUUUAAAUAUGUAACAUGGAAAAAAUUUCUGUAGAUACCAUAAUUUAUAGGAAUAUAGUUGGUACUUAUGUAACCAUAACUAUUUUGAGCAAGGUACAUAAUUUGCUUGUUACACUGUUGAAGUAUCUUGUCAAGUCUCUUAUUCCAAUGUUUCGACCAGCACCACUACGAAGUGGAAGCAGACACCAUGUUGCUCUGAGCCCUUACAAGCAGUAACUACUGACGCAAUGUUGCAAAAGCCCCUAAAGAAUCACUAAGACCCCUCAGUUUCAGGAUGUUUUCUAUGGGGAAUGUAAAGGUCUACUACCACUAAUAGAUGGCAGGUAACAGCAAUCACGAAUAACCUAUGGUAAUGUUAUAUCAUGUGUCAACACCUGUUGUUGAUGUAACACGUGCUGUAUUCCAGGACAGUACAGGAAGUUGUUAUAUGGGAUGUACCAUAUAGUACUAUGCUGCUAUAUAUACUGGGUAUAUAUUUAGUGUGAUGUACUAAACCAGAUUAGAGCGUUGUUAUGUAUUUAACUGGUUAUUAGCCAAUAAUGCAAUAACAAGUGAAAUGUUUACUUUUCUCCCUUCUCAGUAGUGUUAUCUUGAGGACCAUGGCAUUUACUCCUGAGCCUCUCUUCGAAGACAGCAGUUUCCUUCCUCAGAGCGACCUUUCGAGGACCUUAGUUAGCAUUUCCUUCCUAAGCCAAUUUUCGAGAACUGUGUGUUCACUUCCUGGUGACCUUUCAAGGAUCGCAGUCUACCACCUGUCUGCUAUCAGUCAAAUACCAGUGACUGGAUGACAACGCCACUGAACUACAACACCUCUGGAUGACAUCCAGGGACAUGUCAAUUUACUAUAAAAUUUUGAACCAUUUGGGAUCCCUAAAAAUGAAUUUUGUGAAAAGUAUAUUUUUUUUACUUCAUGGUUUUGGGAAACUUGCAUUUAUGCAUCGCUGUAGGAAACAUUAUUCAGUUGGCGCUCUUUAACCAGGCAUUCUUGUUUCUGCACAUUCUGUAAUCAGGCAGAUCAAUCCGCUAUUAAUCAGAUUUUUUGGGAUGGAUUGAAAAGUUGUUUGACUGUGAUGCAAAGUGAUAGUGGAGAUAUUUUAAAAAUUAACUGUCUUGUGUAAUUUUUCUUUGGUAUUCACAUUUUAAGUUCUAUUGACGUUCAGUAAUCUAGCAAAAUCGGUAACCAGAUGCUGUGCUCCUGAAUGUGCUAGAGUAAAAAGUCUUUUCUGUACAUGUUCUGAGUAAAGUUAUGUACCAAACUGUGCAAGUUUAUAUAUAAAAAAGAACUGAACGUGUUAGUUAAGUCCGGUUAAUCUAAUUGAAAAUUCAUUUUUUAACACUGUUGUAUGAGUGUGUCCUCAAGAUCAUCUGAGUAUUUGCACA